AUGCCAAAAGUCUACCUCCACCUCGUCCGCCACGCCCAAGGCUUCCACAACCUCUCAAUCGAAAACCACAUCCUCCCCGACCCAGCCCUCACACCCCUGGGGAAAUCCCAAUGCGAAAUCCUCUCAACCACCUUCCCCCACCACUCCACGAUCACCCAUCUCGUCGCCUCUCCCCUCCGAAGAACCCUCUACACCUGUCUCCUCUCUUUCCCCGCCGCCGUCUCCGCAGGCAAGAAAGUGCUUGCCCUCCCCGAACUCCAAGAAACCUCCUCUCUACCCUGCGACACCGGCUCCGCGCCCUCCAUCCUAGCCGCUGAAUUCGGCCCCUCAGGGACCGUGGACCUAAGUCUCGUCCACGAAGGCUGGAACACCAACACCGGCCGUUGGCUGCCCUCUGCCUCCGCAAUCGAAGCUCGCGCGCGAGAAGCGCGGAUUUUCUUGCGCAAGCUGGGACAGGAGGGCGUUGCGAAGACGGGGGUGGAUCAGCAUGUGGUGGUUGUUACGCAUGGUGGGUAUUUGCAUUACUUGACAGAGGAUUGGGAUGGGCAUGAGAAGUUCACGGGGACUGGGUGGGCGAAUACUGAGUUUAGGAGUUAUGAGUUUGAGAGUGGGACGGAUGGGAAUGCGGGGUUGGUGGAGACGGGGGAGAGUCGGGGGAGGAGGGGGAGGGAGAUUCCGUUGACGAGGGAGGAGCAGAGGGUUCUGAGGAGUAGUGCGGAGGAGGGGUGGGGUGCUAGUGGGUUCCAGGUUCCUGCUGAGGUUGAAGGAGAGAGUGCGAAGUUGUAG